AUGUCAACGAUACUAGCUGUCUGUAAGGGAUAUAGUGAACCAAAAGAUGGGUAUAUCAAGUUAGCGAUGAUGAGUGAACCGGCUAGAAAAGAGGUGACGCAAAAGAAAGGCAGCGGGGGUGAUAAGUGGGAAUUUACCAACAGUGUCAAAUACAGUGAGCAAGACGUGUAUGAAGGACUAGUACGUUAUCGAACGGACAUCUGGGAACCACCUGAAAAUGGAUCUGACUUCAAUGGUUCGUUGAACUUCAUAUCACCGGAAAAUGAUAUUUACGACGGAUGCUACAUCAUUGGGAAAACAGAGGCUACAAAAAACUCAAAAUACCUUGGAGAUAACCAAGAUGAAUCUGUUAAAAGCAAUCACUGGCCUGGAGAUGAGGAUAUAUCCCAUACCGAGGGUUUGGGGACAGAUGUUGGGACAGGGAAAGUUACAUCGGAAGAUGAUGCUGUCUUGUCAAUGAAGACGAAUGAGAUCACUCCAGUUAAACAUCCAUUUACCAAAACUGAUGUAUCUGAAGACGGUUCGGAAGAUGGCGCUUACUUCCUGGAUAAAGAAAAUGAUAGAGACUUUGAUAUUGCCGAGGCUGAAUGCAUGUGGGAUUCACAAACUGACGGGCCAUCAUCAGGUAUUUCUAUGGAUGAAACUAUUCUCAUGGACCCAUUAGAACGUCUCAAAAAUGUUCCUCAGACAGACAAGGAAAGAAAUAUAUUACUGGACGGCAGGUUGAAAACAAAUGCUAGCAGUAAGAGGAGCAUGUCUCUCGAGAGAGCAGCUGGAACAUUGCGCUCGCCUGAAGAGAAGGAGAUGUCACAUACUGUCGACCCGAGAGCAAUUGUUGGAAAGGGGAAAGUUACUUCGGAAGAAGCUGCUGAUUUGUUACCAAUCAGCAGGAAUGACAUCAUUCCAAUCAAAAAUCCAUUUAUCAAAACCGAUAUACCUGAAGAUCGUUUGGAAGAUGAUGCUGACGUCCUUGGUAGAGACUUUGAUGCUGACUCUAUGUGUGCACGCACUGACGGACAAUCACCAGGUAUUUCCAUGGAUGAAACUGUUCUCGUGGAUCCGGUGGAACGUCUCAAAAAUUUUCCUCAGACUGAUGCAAAAAGGAAUUUUUUACUUGGAGACAGGUUGGAAACAACUAUAACCAGUACGAAAAGCAUGUCACCAAAAGCAUUUAGCGGAAAUUACGCCUCGGCGAAAUUUCAACAUGGCGAAAUGGAAAAUAUUUUGAGAUUUCGAGAUGAAUGUUUUCGAUGGCUGGCAGUGAUGCGAUCACAACAGACCGAUAAGAUGAUAUCUAUAGCAGGAAUCAUACAAAACACCACCGAAGAUUAUGAGCAAAGUCACAAAAACCUGAAAAAUAGCACUGUGAUAGACCAGAUCACAUCAUCCAUCGAAUCGGGACUCAGCUUACAAAUGACAUGUGUGAUCGUUUGUAUUGUGUUUGAACUACAAAGAAUUAUGAGUGGAAUGUUAUGGAAUGCUUUGUUACCCUUUUCAAAGCAAACAAACUUACGUAGACAUUCUGUGUCUACCGAAAAGAGCAAAAUUUCAAACAGUCUGAAGGAGGUAGCGAUAUCAUAUUAUGAUGCUGGAAUUCGUCCAAUCACACCCACUUUGAACACAUACAUGGUAAGUACUCUGGACGGGCGGCUGAUGCCCUUCUGACAAAUGAAAACCAGCUGUC